AUGAAAUCAGAACCGACGACGAGCAAUAUACGUUGCGUGGUGUUCCGAUUGACGCUAACGAUGUGGCUGGCGGGUGUCGUCGCCUCGACGACCACCAACGAGCACCAAUCCGCGCCAGAGGAAUUCCCAAACACCAGCAAACCCGGGCAAAACGCCCGAAGAGCAAAUCUACGAUAUUCUGAAGCCGGGAAGGAGCUCUAUGACAAAUAUCUAGUGAAAAACUGCCGAAUAGGCACCGAAUUCUACAAUACAGAUGCGUAUCUGUUGUGGGAGGAAGAGGCUUUUAUGCAGGCGUUGAGAACAUCAUUGGUACCCGCGACGGCCAAUGGUGAUCACAGUGCUUUGUACGGGACCCCGUGGUGGCCAACUUUUGAUAAACUCGUCGCGCCCCGAGACGAGGAUUCGCUCUGCGAAAAGUUCAACGACACGGAGCUGAAAAAGAAACAAGAGCGCCAGGUGGAGCGGGAUCAAUUCGAAGACAUGGUCCUCAAUACCGUUUUCAACGUCCGA